AUGAAAAUACUACUACGUAUGGGUCUACACGUGCACUUAUUCACCACGUCGCUUGUGAAUAGUAAAGAGGAUCCAUGUAAACACUACCCGCCGCUGAGCUUGCUUCAUAAAUAUGUAUCAAAGAGGGUUGUGCGGCGAGCUACCGAAGAAGGAGAAAACAAUGGAGGAGGCAGAACGACAUCAAGCUUCUCUGACUUGAUAUCUGAGAAUGUGUGCGUUGUGGAGUUGGCAUCGGAGGAUGAAUUAUGGGCCAGCAAACACUAA